AUGGCCAAGUCGCUUGCGGAGCAGAUUGCGGAGCUGGAGGAUCCCACUCCUAAAGAUUUUGAUCCCGAAGAUUUGGAUUGCGGUGCGCCGGACAGCGACGAUGAGGGUGGUAAGGCUGCCGAUGAGAAUGCGGGCCGCGAGCACUAUCAGGCUGUAGGCAAAGCGAAGCUUCGCAAGCAGGAUCCUAUCGAGCUGGGGAAGCAGUACGCCGGGUCGCGGAUUAGCAGAGAUGCGCUCGAGGCGGAGAGCGAUGAUGAUCCGUUCCAGGCUCGCUCCGACGAUGACGAGGAUGAUAGCGAGGACGACGAGGACGACGAGGAAGGCCUCGAGCUGGGGAGUGAGGAUGACGAGGACGAGGAUAUUUCCGAGAGUGAGGACGAGCGGCCGCGGUUGCAAAAGUCCAAGGGAGAGGGGAAGCCGAAGAAACAGCUGGACUCCGAUGAAUUGGAGACAGAUGGGUCGGAGGGGGACAGCGACGACUUGGAUGGAUUCGACGACGAGGACGACGAGAUACCCUCUGACGACGAGGAGGACGAGUCUGAAGAAGAUGAAGAGGAUGAAGAUGAAGAUGAGGAUGAUGAGGAGGAGGAAGACUCUGGCCGUCGAGCCAAGUCCUCUGAUGAUCGGGAGGAACUGCGUCGACUGAUGGCCUCGGACCAAAAAACCAUCGCGGCGACCAUCUCCAACGCCGCCAAGGCCGACGCCGCCAAAGGAAAGGCUGUCAAGCAGCAACGCGCGACCUUCGAUGCGCUCCUGAACACCCGCAUCAAGCUUCAGAAGGGCCUGACCGCAAUCAACCAGCUAGCCAUCGCAGCCAAGGACACCGAAGAAGUCGACCAAGAAGCCGUCAAGUCCGCCGAAUCGGCCGCUCUCACCCUCUGGUCCACGCUGGAAGACCUUCGACUCGCGCUCGCCGACGCGCAGGCCCCCGAUGGCUCGAAGAAACGCAAGCGGCCCGAGGCCGUGACGCCGAGCACGUCCUCCGCGUCGUUAUGGAAGCGCAUGACGGACCUCGAGUCAGACGCCCUGGCGCACCGGCGCACCAUCCUGGACAAGUGGUCGGCGAAGGUGCGUGGCUCCACCGCCACGAUACCCAACGCCCGGGGUAAGCUCCUGGGGUCGGCCGCAGGCGGCCAGCAGACCAUCACGGCCGUGCUCGAUGCGCAGGUGGCCUCGGAGACCGGCGACCGCGCCGCUAAGCGCGCGCGUCAGAAGAGCAGUGCGGGCGACGACGGCGAUGACGAGCCCGUCUACGACGACACGAUCUUCUACCAGACGCUGCUGCGGGAGCUGGUCGAGCAGCGCAUGUCGUCUUCGGACGCUAUCACGAACGGCAUCGACACGCUGCACAUCCAGCUCCCCUCGCGUCUGUCUGUUCACCCUGUGACCGGUAUGCGCAAGGACAAGGUCAAAAGAGAUGUCGACACUCGCGCGUCCAAGGGCCGCAAGAUGAAGUACGAUGUGCACGAGAAGUUGCAGAACUUUAUGGCGCCGGAGGAUCGCGGCUCGUGGACCGUUCAUGCUCGGGAGGAGUUCUUUGCCUCUCUCCUUGGAAAGUCUGCGAGUGGGUUGCUGCGCGAGGGAGAUGAUGAGGAUGCCAGUGCGGCGGAGGAGAGUGAUGAGGACAUGGAAGAGGGCGGACUGCGGUUGUUCCGGUCUUAG